AUGGCUUCCACCGCAUUUGAUGCCCAUGGUUACCGAAUGGGCCCUCAAAUUCGUGUCCGCAGUCUGGAAGUAACCGCCGAUAUGAUCCCUCCAUCUGCUCCGGCACCUCUCGCUGCUCGGGACGAUGAUUGCGACGCCGAAAGCGCCAACUUCUGCGAGAAGCCAGUGAGCUCCCAGUCGAUGACGCUGCCCAUCGUCUUGGGUGUGGUGAUUCCUCUCGUGGCUGCUAUUGGCGUGCUCAUUUUCCUGCAUCGCAGAAAUGUCAAGAAGCAAAGAAGGGAAGAGGCCGCCGACCCCAACCGCGACCUCGACUUCGGUCUGGACGGAGAAGUUACCGAACACAGGGGUGGAAAGCGUCAAAGUCUUCGCGAAAAGAUGAUGAGGGCGGAUAGCAAGCACCGCGUCCAGAUUUCCAUGGACAUGAACCUGUCCAGUCCUUACCUUCUUCCACCCGGCCUGCAGAGUUCAAGGGAGUCGCUGCACUCUCUGGCACGAACCCUACACACCAGUGAAGACCCUUACCGCCCCGUCAACCAGUACGGUAGCGAAGUCGGCUCCAUCCGAUCCUUUCACCGUGAUAAGGACAGCCGAGCCGGAUCGUCAAUUUACACAGGAUCCACCGAACGUCAGUCGAGCGUCAAUGGUCGAACAUUGCCUCCUCGGCAGGGCUCACUCCCUCGGCCGCCGCCCCCUACUGCCGAUCCGUUCGCAACCCCGACAUCGCCUGCCCCUCCUCGUAACCUAUCAUCGACAUCACCGCCUCGACAGCCCCUUCCCCAAGGAAUCGUUCCUGAGAUGGGCACUGUGCCCUACCCGAAUGAUCGGUCCGAUGACUGGAGCGACAAUUCUGCCCGCAUUCCCGAUGUUCCCGACGUCGUUGAGCCUCUGCCCGUCGCCAAUAGGGCCCUUGGCAGUAGCAUCCAAAGGGCCUCCCCGCCACCUCCGGCUGGCUCAGCGGCGCUGAAUAACAAACAAGCCGGGAAUCUGGGUGCACCCUCACUGCCGGAAAUAGGAGUUGGUUUCGACUUUACUAUGCCUGACGGGCCAUCUUCAACUGACGCUAACUCACACCACCGGACUCAACACAACCAACAAGAGACUAGUUCUUUCUCGCCGUUGCCAACGAUCAUACCCGAGGAGGAGACUAGCUCAUACGUGGCUAACUACGAUCAGAGAGGGCAAGAGGAGGAUGAUUAUGAAGAACGCGGCCGGUCUGCCCAGAGACGCUCGAUGGAUGGCGAUUAUAGGAAAUCCCAGGCACUCGGCGUCCCCCAGCAAGACACGAAGAGGCUGUCUGUUGGGUUGAGACCUCUCCCUCCUGAUGAAGUCACCGAGUCGGAGGACCCCGAAGAGAGGGCAAACAGGAUCAGGUCUUUCUACAAAGAGUACUUUGACGAUUCCAGACCGGCCGAGCCUCUCCCCCCUCCUCCUCAACAGCAAUAUGGGACUUCGUAUUACGAGGACUACGAUCCGAAGUAUCUGGAGGGCGAGAGCGCGUUCUACGACCCCGAUUCGCAUGCGUUUGUCAUGCCGUAUGCCCAGCCUGUCACUCGCCGCGCCAUGACGCCCCCACCUAGUGGCUCGCGUCUUCGAGGGCCUCCCCCUCCCAGAGCCAUGCACGGCUCCGUGAGUGGGGGUGGAAUGAGCAUGCCGGGCGGGAGGCGGCCGCCUCCUCCCCGCGCCGGCACAUCAAUGUCCAACCGCUGGGGCCCUCCAUCCCGGCCCGGCUCCUCCUUGUCCAGUUCCUAUGGCCACCCGCGGCCUGGCUCCUCCGUGUCGAGCAGAUUGCAGCAGCCUGGGAAGCCCAAGGGCCCUCCGCCGGCCCCUCUCACAACGCUUCCCACUCCAUCCAAGCUCAAGGACGACUCGCUUGCUCUUCUUGGUUCAAUCGACUUUGCACCUCCUGAAUCCUACGAAGACCGCCAGCGUGGCCGGUCUCAGAGUCCUAUGGGCGAGAGACGGCCUUUCGCUCCGAAGAAACCCGUGGCAUCUCCGCUGGUGAGCAGCUUUGACGAGAUGCCCGCUGUCCCCAGCCCUCAUCUGCUCCGAAAAUCGGGCACUUUCACCGGUCUGGACUUUGCGCCGCCCCGUCGGUUUGCCAACGAUGACGGAAUGAGCGAUGCAGGUAGCAUUCGGAGCAACCGGAGCGGCCUCUCAGCGGUCCAGGCCCACGCCAUUCGAAGCGGUGUUGGUCGCGUCAGCCGUCUUCCCGAGGAUACGGUCUUCACACAAGCCAAGAUGGAAGCGACGUUGAAGCCAUCAUGGAACAUGCGUGACUAG